AUGGGCGCCGUGUCACCGGACGCGCUGCAGCGCAUCACAGACCUGGCCAUGCGCUGCACUGCCACCUUCACUGCUGACCGCCCCUCCAUGGGGCGCAUUGCCCAGGAGAUGGAUGCGCUGCGUGGUGAGGUGGGCGGUGGGGAGGAGCAGGUGCACAAGUCGUACGAGGUGGUGGAUGCUGAGCUCCGGGCGAGGAUGCAGCAGCAGCAGAAGAUGAGUGAGCAGAGUAUGGACUCUUUUCUUGAUUCGAUUCACUCGGGGAAGAUCGGGAGCAUGAUGGACACGGGGGAGCUAAUCGUGUGUCUCUCGCGACUUGCAGGCGAACGCACAACCAUUUCAAGUCGUCCGACAAUUCAAUCCGCCAUUUCUCGCAUCGACGUCAACCUUGGCGACUUCGCCAUCCGUUACACUCGUCACCAAGCGCACCAUGGUGAGCGGCAAUGGGUGGAGAUGGAGCAGGCCAAGGCGGGGAGCAUUGUGAAGCGAGAGCAAGCGGGCGUCAUCAGGCUCUGCCACGCGCUGUUGGAUGGCCGCCCUCCACUCCACCCAUCACAUCACCACGCAAGGUACUCCCCUCGCUUCCCUCCUCCUCUCGCCACCACCGCGUUUUCUGCUCUCGCUUUCCACUGCUCCAGUGGUGCUCUGCUCUCCAUGUCCUGGUGCUCUCCUCGUCAGGCUGCUUCCGUCCUUCCAUGUGCUGCUUGUCCCCUCUCAACCUAG